GUUGAAUCAUGCAAAAUUGGGUCUGUAGACACAUCUCCUCGACACUUGUAAAUGAGAGUGAUCUCUCUAUACAAUUUUUAUCUUGCCUACAAGUUUCCAGUUCCAAAAAUGCAAUAUUUACUUUGGGUAUCAAGUCUUAUGGUGAAGAAUCCUGUUCUCUAUUUCUUUUUGCUGCUCAACAACUAGCGUCAACGUUUGACAGUGGAUUAUUAUGGGACUUUUCCAAGUCUUCCUUUGUGAAGACGACCCACAUAGUAGAUUGUCAGUUGGCCAAUAGUAUAUCGAGCUUUUUGUACUUGGAAGAAUCCGACUCUGUUAUUUUAUCACUUUGCUCAGGAGAGAUCUACCAGAUUCCUUGUCUCUUCAACUACCGAUCGAGCAAUAAUCAGCGAGACGUGCUAUUGGAAGGUUUUGGGCAAGUAGAAACCAUAGGUAUCUUCCCACAAGGCGUUCAUCGUAUGCAACUAAGUCCAGAUGGUGAAAUACUAUGUCUUUUAACUGGCAAGUCCCAAGUACAAAUAGUCUUUAUGGCAACAGAGGAUUGGGACAUACUAAGUCAGCAAGACAUUGGUUCUCUAGAAAAUUGGGAUAAGUUGUUGCAGUUUGGAAGUAUUCCGAGUGCUUGGAAUAUUGCUUGGCGCUUAGAUGGUGCAUUGGUUGCAAUAACUUAUCCUUGUGGUUCAGGAAAUAAGAUCCAAAUGCAAGUAUUUCGUCGAGAGCGAUUUACAUUAGAGAGUAGUUGUGAAGAAGUUUGGGACAGCAACUCUUGCUGUAUAGAUUGGCAACCAAGAAUAGGAGGAGCGAUAGCAGCUAGUCUUUCCAACGAAAGCGUUAUUCGGUUUUAUGAAACCAAUGGACUUUCUUUGAGACGUUUAUAUUUGGAUACCGAAAUAUUUUGCAAACAAUUGCAAUGGUCAGAACAAUACCAUAUUUUGGUUUGUGGGGAUGAAACUAAGAUGAGAAUAUUCUAUCAUAACAACUAUCAUUGGUAUUUGAAACAAGAAUGGAUAUUUUCCGAGUUUGGAGAGAUUGCUGCUUUUCGAAUUGCACAAGAUAGGGUUGCUACCGACCGAAAUACUUUAUAUGUUUUGACAACCAAUGGAAAGAUAUUUUGUUUUAUAUUUCAAUGGCAGUUUGAUAUUUAUAAACGGCCUGAUGAAGAUGACUGUUACUUGGCAGUUAUUGAUGGAAAUGAAAUAGCAAUUACUAUGUUGUCCCAACAAAUUAUUCCUGCACCGUUAUGUUCGCUUGUUUUGGUAUGUAGUUGUUCCAUUCAACGAGUAGAAAUAGAUAGCAAAGGAGGAUGUCUUGCGUUAUUAUCGAAUGGAGCCAUGGAGUAUUUUCCCUAUGCAGCGAUUAUGGAGACAGCUUUUGAAAGUAAUCAAGUCACUUGUACCAAAGGAAGACAAUUGGAAAAUAGUUUGGAUAAGAUUUACAAAAGUAACGAACAAGACAAGUCUUCGAAAACCUGUCGAAAUAGUUUUUUGUUGCCGCUUUGUAUUGACCAGAAACAAGGACUUGUGUGGAAAGCUUUCGCAUUGCUUCCUGUGGUAAAUAGUCAUGAGGAUAUCUCUUUGCAGGUUCUAAUGAUAGGUGAAAGACUAGAAAUGUAUUUAUGUAGUUGUCAACAGGGAAAGUGGGAUUAUCAGUUGUUGUUUAAGAAAAAUUUUAGGAAAGCAGAAGAGAUAGAAGGAAUUGGUUUGGAUAUUCAACCGGUUAUAUCUAAGGAAGUCAUUGACUCGCAAAGAUAUGUCAUUUGUUUAUUGGAAAGUACUAUUUCCCUGAGAGAUAUUAUGGAAUAUGAUAAGAAAAGCUAUUGGAAUAUAUCUUUACAAGCUUUAGGUUUAAAAGGUCAUCAAAUAUUACAUUUGAAAAGCAUCGAUAUAACCAAAAGAGACAAGGAAUCAAAUAAGAAUGAAAAGAAGUAUAUGGCAGUUUUAUUUUUAGAUGACAAUGGAAGACUUUGGAUGGCUAUUCAGUUAGGAUCGAUGGCUGAGUCUUUUUAUAGUGGAUUUUCUUUCUUACUGAUAUCAGAAGAAUGUGUUGAUUUUGAAGUUAUUUCUGAUUUUGUGUUCUUCACUUGUCGUUUUCACAAGUUGUAUAGUUAUCCUAUGAAUAUCAUUUUGGACUUUUUGGAAAAGAAUACUUGUACGACAGGAAUCUACCGAAAAUUGGAGUGGAAUGGAAAGCAGGUAGAUUGUAGACCUAUUGAUAGAUUCUCUCGGAUAGUCACUUUUGUUACCGACAAAACUGCUAAAAGAAACAAUUGCUUGAUUUUACAAGCUCCCAGAGGAAAUUUGGAAUGUGUCGUUCCUCGAUUGGUUAUUGAAAGAAUUGUAGAAAGACAUAUCGAACAGGGAGCAUAUGGAGAAGCUUACAGAUUAUGUCGGCGACAUCGUUUGCCUAUGGAUAUAUUGGUUGAGAAGAAUCCAGAAGGAUUCAAGGAGAAUAUUUUGGAUUUUAUAAAGCAAUUCAAGGAUCCUGAACACUUGAAUACCUUUGUUUCAAUGUUAGGAUCCGAACAAGAAGAUACCAUUCGAAAUGAAUGGUGCAAUAUGUUGAUCGAAGCUUUUUGGCAGUCAAGUCCUGAAUCAAAGUAUCGAUACCCUCUCAUUUGUACUUUUCUUCAAAAGAAGCCACCAGAUGUAUUUGGAGCCCUUCAAGUGUUGCAGUUGGAUAGAACGACAUCCAAUUCGAAAGAUGUUGUAUGGAUCGAAGACUUGAUGGACUUUUUAUUGUUGCUGACAAAAGAUUCUGUUUUGGUCUUUCGAGAGGCAUUGCGUCUAUAUGACUCGCCUUUGGCAGCUUUGGUUGUGGAAAGAGCUUCUGAUUUGGAUCCGGCUUAUUAUGGAGCUUUAUUACAACGACUAAACGAUACUUGCUCGGAGAAACAAAAAUAUCUUAUCGAUUUAGAAUUAGGAAAUAUGGAAAGCGCAUUGCGUCAUUUGUUUGCAUUCUCUACGUUUCCUACAGAUUGUGAUACAGUUGUGGAAUUUGCUAUUCAGCAUCGAUUGUUUUCCGUUGCUUGUUCGUUGUUUGCAGAAUAUCCAGAAAUGUUAGUUCGCGUUCGACAAGCAUAUGCUCAGGAUUUAUCUCAACAAGGGCAACAUCUAGAAGCAGCCUGUUUCUAUGCCCUGAUUGAACAAGAUGAGUCUGCGAGGGAGGAAUACAAGCGAGCAUGUAUAUGGCAGCUGGUCGUUUAUUUCUGUCAUAAGAUUCUUUGGAAACGUUUGCCUUCUUCUCAAGAAUAUGUCAAGCAUACGACAUAUUUGACCAAAGAUAGAUUGGAUAGUGACCAGGACUUUAUUACGGAAAUGGAAUCACUUGUUGAGCACCUUAAACUCAAUGGAAAGGGCAAGGAAGCGGCAUUUAUAAUAAUGAAUUACUUGAAUGAUCCACAAAGUGCUUUAGAAGAACUCAUACGUAUAGAAGAAUGGUUGGAUGCAAUAAGUAUAUUGGGACGAGUGCCAUUGCAAGACUUUUGGAGUGUAGUAGAAACAACAUGGCAGCCAGCGUUGACAAAUGCAGUUCAAGAACAUUGUGAAGAAUGGAAAGAAGUUGCAAAUAAGAUGCGCUAUAACUGCGAAAGAUUAGAACAAGUAAGACGUAGGAAGGAAAGCAUGGGUACAAUUGAAAAUGAGUCUAUGAAUGCAUAUUUGGAAGAAGAAGCGUUGUCUGAAUCAGAUGCCUCCUCUCAAAGUGUCUCCAGUUUGGGAGAAUGGACCAUGUCUUCAGACACUAGCAAGGCAAGUUUGUAUUCAUUAUUAUCUAAAAAAGGGCAAAGACGCAAGGCAAAGAAGAAGAACAAAAGCAAAAAGAUAAAACCUGGAGAUCCUCGUGAAGAAGAAUACUUGAUUGAUUCCUUGUCAAAGUUGAUUCCUUCUUCUACUCAAUGGGAUAUUCUCAAUCAGCUUCUGCAGUGUUUGAUUGCCAUGUGCAUGGAGAAGGAAGCACGUAAACUCUACGAAGUUACGAAACAGUUUGCUUGUGUUGUACAAGGACUUCCUGAAGAUAUUGCAGGUAGGAUACUUGUUGGACAAUUCUACUUUAAAACAUUCAUUCCAUGUUAAGGUCGAAAUCAUUUUGAGGAACUUUUCCAAAAAUGGAAAUGUUUAGAGUAAAAAUUGACCCACCACC